ACGUUACGUAUCGAACUGAGUGCUGAAAUGUAUAAAGCUGGAAUAGCAGACAACAUCGAGGCCUAUGUCUUAUUUGCAUUAGCAGAAAUUAUAUGGGCGUCCCUGGACAGGACAUCGCUUGGCUUCACACUAGCAUCCUUUGUCGGCAUUGGGUGUCCAUUAGCUGAAAUACCUGUAAUGAAGUUCUUCCACCUUUGGUAUUAUCCACAAGCAAAUAUUAAGAUAUUUGGUCAGGGAUUAGUCACUUGGACCAUCACUUGCGACUUCGUGUAUACACCAUUCCUCAUCAGUUUGGCACGUUGGCUCAGAUCAGGUAUAACGGCUGCUGAUAAGUCUGCCUAA